CCACCCUUUCCCUGAAUAAAGGUGGAGUCACCUUUAGCUCAGACUUUUAUUCAAAUUUUCGAUUCAUAUGUUUACUCGUCAAUUCCUUAAUAAAAAACUUGGUUCCAUUAAUAUCCCCGGUUCUGUAUAUACCGGAGCUUUGUUGGUAUGUAACUACCAUCCAACCAAAUAAGGCAAAAAUAUAAAGAAAGAAGCAAACCCCAAAAUUUCUUUUUAACUCAAAACUUCCAAUUCCUCAUUUCUCAUUUCUCAGCUGUCAUGGCAUCCAAUGGUAUAUCAGAAAACCUCAUAAAAUUAGCAGAAAGACUUGGUCAUUAUAAUCCUAACAAUCAAGAAUCUAGUGUUAAUGAGUUUGUUCUACAAAAACAGGAAUUUGAGACAGACACAAUAGUUAAUAAUAAUGAUAAUUCAAGAAGAUGGAAAUCAAACAGGGCUGCAGUAUUGGUAUGUUUAUUUGAAGAUCAACAUGGACAUCUUCGUGUUAUCCUCACUAAAAGAGCUUCCACACUCUCUUCACAUUCUGGUGAAGUUGCUUUGCCUGGUGGGAAAGUAGAAGAAGGUGAUGCCAAUGACAUUGAGACAGCAUUGAGGGAGGCUGAGGAGGAGAUCGGAUUAGACCGUUCACUUGUAGAUGUUGUCACUGUUCUUGAAUCCUUUACCAACAAGAAAGGAAUUACAGUGAUUCCUGUUGUGGGCAUACUUUGGGACCGGAACACAUUCAAUCCGAAAAUAAAUGCUGCAGAAGUAGCAGCAAUAUUUGAUGCACCUCUAGAGAUGUUUCUUAAGGAUGAGAAUCGACGAGAGCAAGAGCGUGAAUACAUGGGAGAUGAAUAUGUACUCCAGUUCUUUGAUUAUGAAACAGAGAAUGAGAAGUAUGUAAUAUGGGCUCUUACUGCUGGCAUUUUGAUUAAAGCUGCAUCGAUCGUGUACCAACGUUCCCCUGAUUUUCAAGAACGAAGGCCUAAAUUUUGGAGUAGAUGUCACCAAUGAAAGAUGUUAUUGCCCACACGAAACUUUUGUCCUUUGAACUUUGAACACAAGGGGUAGUUCCUUCCAGUUGAAGUAAAUCAAAUGACAAAUAUGUGCUUCAUAUGUAUCCUAUUAUAUAUAACCAUUGCUUUCAGUGUGACAUACACACAUAUAUAUAUACACAUAUAUAUACAGUGUAUGUAUCCUAUUAUAUAACCAUUGUUUUCAGUGUGACACACACACACACACACACAUAUAUAUAUAUAUAGCCACUUAUUCAUGCUCGUCCUUUCUCGAGAGUAUCUUAGUUCAAUACUUUUUGUAUAAGCUGUUUUAUGCAUCAGAGACAGUUUCCUCUUGAUGUUAUGUAUCUUUAACUGGAAUAUAUUGUUUUUCUGCUAGGCUGCUACCUAUUAGCCAUUUUCCUAUA